CAGGGCGUGAUGGGAGGUGAAUCCUGGAAGCAGCUGUGAUGAUGUUCCCCUGGUGUUCUGUGGAGACCAGUCACUGACCGACCCUGUGGCCAGUUUGCUCCUUUUCUCAUGCCUUCCUGUCUGGUUUGCAGUGAUCUGAAGCAGAGAAGAUCCCAUGGCUGGUCCCCGUGUAUCCACUGUUGGUGCAGCAUUGACCUGUGACCUGUCCACAUGUCCAGCCUCUCGAUGAGCAAAGCGACUUCAUGAUCACAUGACUGUCGACAUGGAUACCGUCCUGUCAGACUUUGUUCGCUCGACAGGCGCGGAACCUGGACUGGCACGGGAUCUACUCGAAGGUAAAAACUGGGACAUCACAGCCGCACUCAGUGACUUUGAGCAGCUCCGUCAGGUGAAUGCUGGGAACUUCCCUUACUCUUUUAAUGAAGGACGUGGGGUCAAAGUGCAGGAGAAGGAACCGUCGAGACUAGUGCGGCCUGUACAUCAGAGACAGGAAGACCCUGUACAAGAGAAGCGGCUGACACGGGGAAUCUCUCACGCCAGCUCCACCAUUGUCUCUCUAGCACGUUCCCACAUGUCGAACAAUAGCAGCAGUGAGCAUUCGUUGGAGACUCCCAUUUGCACCUUCCAGCUGCCUGACCUGACUGUCUAUCGAGAGGAUUUCCGAAACUUCAUUGAGAGAGAUUUGAUUGAACAGUCGAUGUUGGUGGCAUUGGAGCAGGCUGGCCGCCUAAAUUGGUGGGCAAAUGUUGAUGCCAGCUGCCAACGCUUGUUACCCCUCGCGACUACUGGUGAUGGGAACUGUCUGCUUCAUGCUGCUUCUUUAGGGAUGUGGGGAUUCCAUGAUCGGGAUCUGAUGUUAAGGAAGGCCCUGUAUUCAUUGAUGGAGAAAGGGGCGGAGAAGGAGGCUUUAAAGAGGAGGUGGCGGUGGCAACAAACCCAACAGAACAAGGAGUCUGGUCUGGUUUACACAGAGGAGGAAUGGCAAAAGGAAUGGAACGAGUUGAUAAAACUGGCAUCCAGUGAGCCUCGUAUUCAUUAUGGAACCAACGGAAGUGGCUGUGGAGGGAGACUGGCAAAUUCAACCUUCCCUGCACUUAACAGUGUAGACAGCUCUGAGGAACCAGUGUAUGAGAGUUUGGAAGAGUUCCACGUCUUCGUCCUGGCUCAUGUGCUGCGAAGGCCAAUCGUGGUCGUAGCGGACACCAUGCUCAGGGAUUCAGGCGGAGAAGCCUUUGCCCCAAUACCAUUUGGUGGGAUUUACCUGCCUCUGGAGGUUCCAGCAAACAAAUGCCACCGAUCUCCACUGGUACUGGCCUAUGAUCAGGCUCACUUCUCAGCUCUCGUCUCCAUGGAACAGAGAGAGUCCAGCAAAGAACAAGCUGUGAUUCCUCUGACUGAUUCCGAACACAAAUUGCUUCCCGUUCAUUUUGCGGUGGAUCCGGGGAAGGAUUGGGAAUGGGGGCAGGAUGACAAUGACAAUGUGCGAUUGGCCAGUGUGACCCUGUCAUUGGAAGCCAAGUUACACCUGCUGCACACGUACAUGAGUGUGACCUGGAUCCAACUGGCCUGUGAAACACAACACGCUCCCCUGGCGCAGCCCGAGUCUCCCAGUGCCUCCGGAGGGGACGAUGCACGCUCGGUGGCGGAGUCUGGCGAGUCAGACAAAGAGUCGGUGUGCAGCAGCUCCAAUGGCAACAGUAACAAAGAGAAAGCCAAGAGGGAGAAGGAGAAGAGGAGGGCAGAGUCCGUGGCCAAUAAACUGGGCAGCUUUGGGAAGAGUCUGGGCAGCAAGCUGAAGAAGAAUAUGGGCUUUAUCCACAGCAAGGGCAGCAAAGCGAGCGGGCCGAAUGGCACCCUGGAAAAGAGCAGGAAGAAAGGCUCUUUGAAGUCACAAAAAGGGUGCAGGGAGAGCAGCCUGGCAGACAGCAGCUCGCCUGGAGACAGAGCCGGGGGAACCCUGCUGAAAUCGCAGCCUGCAGACCCCUACAAAUACAGCAACGACGUCAAACUGAGUCUCAGCAUCCUCCGGGCAGCCAUGCAGGGAGAACGCAAGUUCAUCUUCACCGGGCUGCUCACCACCAGCCACCGGCACCCCUACCAGGAGGAAAUGAUCCAGCGGUACCUGUCUGACGCUGAGGAGCGCUACUUUGCCGAGCAGGAGCAGAAGGAAGUGGGCAAGAAAGGGCCGUCGGACAGCAGCAGGGUCAAGAAAGCCGAUCAGGAUCUGUCUGCUCAGGCGAGGUUUGACUCUCAGGAGCAGUUGGCUGAGGACUCUCAGAGCGAGCUCCCCGUCAACCCUUACAGCCCCUCAGCCCAGGGCUACAGCAGUCAGGGGGGGCCACCAUCCCUGGCGGCUAGACUUCCCAGCUACCACAAUCCCCCCUUCACCAGCCUGGUCUCCAUCCCCCGACCCAGCCUGGUCACAGCGGAAAUGAACUCUCAGCCGCCCAGCUACAAGGAGAGCAGGCGCCAGGUGGCUGGUGGCUCCUACAACAGCCUGCCCUCCUACGCGACCCUGCCCAGGCACUGCGGGCAAGGACACUCAGCCACAGGCACCCCCGCCCACUCCUCCUGCCACCCCCCCCCCACCGAGGCAGAGGAGCCUGCCGAAUACCCCACCUCCUCCUGCAACAGCUCCUACCACAGUUUCAGCAACGGCUUCACGGAGCAAUCCGAAUGCCUGGGGCCCGAGGGGUGCCAGGACCCCGGCAAGGGCAGGAACCUCUACUCCGUCCAGCAGACGCGGUGUCGCCAGACAAACUGCAACUUCUACGGCCACCCGGAGACAGGCAACUACUGCUCGUGCUGCUACAAGGAGGAGCUAAGGAAGAAGGACAGGGAUCCCCCGUCGCACAGGUUCUGAGCUCAGCACCUUACCCUACAGCUUGGUGUGCGAGGGCAGCAUCACCAGGUGGCUGAUGGAUUGAAGUUGCUCCUGGAUCGAGGGCGUUGAGGAGGAAGGUCCUCACAGCUUGCACUGUGCUAAAGGUCCAGGCAGGAGGCAGCUCAAGACCUGAGAGUCCCGAUUAGGAGAGAGUACAAGUUUCUAAACUCUUUUUUUCCUUUUUAU